AGAUUCAAAUUAAUUAAGCAGCUCGAUCUCAAGUUAUCAGUACAAGGUUGCUUAAAUACAGCAUUGACCUAUUUUUUGAUGUCCAACUGUUUGGUGUGGUGAAUGGUUACCAUUUACCAAGAAAUAAGGCUAAAUUUUUCAAAAGAGGCAUAAACACUAACAGUGAAUCCAAAAUGUAACAACAAAGAAGCACCAAAAUGCGAAAAACUGUUCUUCUACAUCCUAGGUACGUUGCUUUUAGUUGAAAUUUGGGCAAGAAGAGAAUUGUGAAUCAAAUUCUUGGAAUAGAUUCUGAACGGAUAAACUGUUUGAGGAUUGCCUUCUCUUCAUCAAUUCUUUUCUUCUCUUUACGAUUCUUAGGGUUAACUUUUCUUUUCUAUUCCCAGUAUCCACUUGACAAGCUCACGUUGCUGAUCUUCAGGGAUGGGCUCUGGCACCUUCACGGGCUUCAGAAAUGCUGGAGGGAGUGGUGUUUCCUCAGGGAUUGGUGGAAUUGUAGCAGGAACAGGAGAAACAUCAACUACCUUAGGAACUACAGGAACCGAACGAACACCAACCACCUCUGUGGGACGUUCUGGCCUGCCUUUUCAGCUGUAAUCUCUGCUGUGCUGGAAUUUCUCUUUCUUGCCUUAGCAAAUUUGUGAGCUGCAGAAGGUUGGAAGGACAUUAGCUAAUGCCCCCUUGAAUAUUUUUUCCAGUACAGUAAAAGAAUUUCAUGUAAAAACCUUUAAAAAGUUGGCUAGAUGCUAGCUUGA